UCAUCACACACACUCACUCUCCUUCGCUCAUCUUUUUCUUGCGCUGCUGUUGCUGCCACAGUCCCUCGUAUCAAAACCUCGGCUUCUCACAUCUGCGCUCUUCUCUGUUACGAUGAGUUCUUGUGGUGAGAUAGGGGAUGCCAUCGAACCCAGUACCAGGGAGCACGUAACCCCGGAGAUGAACAAGCUUCGUCAGAGCCUGAGGAGGAAGAAGCCCACCUACGUCCCCGAGGCCAGCAGACCACAUCAGUGGCAGGCAGACGAGGAGGCUGUACGCAAAGGCAAAUGUAACUUCUCUGUCCGGUACCUGGGUUUGGUGGAGGUGGAGGAGUCUCGAGGGAUGCAUGUGUGCGAGGAGGCGGUGAAAAAGCUUAAAAUUAGCGGGAAAAAGACAGUGAAGGCAGUGUUGUGGGUGUCAGCUGAUGGACUCAGGGUGGUGGAUGAUAAAACGAAGGACCUCAUUGUGGACCAGACCAUAGAGAAAGUCUCCUUCUGUGCUCCUGAUCGAAAUUAUGACAAGGCGUUCUCCUAUAUCUGCAGAGACGGCACCACCAGACGUUGGAUGUGCCACUGCUUCAUGGCUCUCAAAGACUCGGGAGAGAGACUGAGCCAUGCGGUGGGCUGUGCCUUUGCCGCCUGUCUGGAGAGGAAACAGCGUAGAGAGAAGGAGUGCGGCGUUACGGCAUCUUUCGAUGCCAGCCGUACAUCAUUUGUACGAGAGGGCUCCUUCCGCGCUAACUCAGCCUGCAGUCAGCACGGCAGCGGUAGUGAACGAGAUGACAAACUGCAGGAUAAGAACAAAGACCAGCCUUCUGUUCAUGCAGCCAUGCCCCCUGGUAGUGCCUCCCCACCUGAGGGCGCAGCAGAACCUGGUGGGCCUCACGCCAUCCCCCGCCGCCACGCACCCAUCGAGCAACUCGUGCGUCAAGGCUCGUUCCGGGGAUUUCCAGCUCUCAGUCAGAAGAACUCUCCCUUCAAGCGACAGCUGUCCCUCCGCCUCAAUGACCUGCCAUCAACACUGCAACGCAAGACUGACUUUGAGGCCAAGAACGCUGUACUAGAGGUGGACAUGAGUUUGUCUGGUGAGGGAGAGAUUAAUCGCCUGUGUAGCCAGAUCAACACCUCCUUCACUAAGCCAUCUGAGGACCCUUUCUCCAACCCUAGUUCAUCUGCGAGUGGACUGCCAACCUGCGUCGUGCCUCCAGCGCUGCCUCCUCCACCAGCGCCGAUUCAGGCUACGUCUUGGGUUCAGCCAGACCCUCUUCUCCACUCUCCUCCUCCAGUGUCAGCAGUGAUGCAGAGUGGACACAAACGUACACCCUCUGAGGCGGAAAGAUGGCUAGAAGAGGUCUCCAAGGCAGUCAGGUCCCAGCAGACACCCCCACCAGGUCCCACCAUCCCCACCAUCCCGGGACCACCCUCUGUAUCAAGUCAGCAGAUAACGGGUUUGGCUCCGGUGUCCACUAUCUCAGUGUCACUUGGUACCAUGUCCAAAGCCCUCAUUGCAGGCCCUUCUGCUCUCUCAGCUCAGGCACCAAUGCCCCUUCAACCUAUGUCCAUAUCCUCGGUCCCCUUAAUACCUGGCCCUCCAAUUUCUAGCCCCCCUAUGUCAUUGCCUUCAAUGUCCAUCCCCACAAUGUCUGGUCCAAGCAUGUCAGGAGCCCCUAUGAUCCAGCCCUCCCUCUCUGGGCCCGGAGGCUCCCUCCCAUGCGUCAUGCAGCCCUUUCCUUUGGCCUUCGAUGCUACUUCGGCUCCUGUGGGGAUGUUCGCCAGCCAGCCUGUCCAACCGGCUUUUGUUCCCAUGCAAACCUACAUGCCAGGCUUAGCUAGCAGUAUGACCUAUCCCAAUGUCAGCGUACCCGUCGUAGGAAUCACACCAUCACAAAUGGUGGCCAAUGUCUUCUGCACAGCCACUGGCUCAUCUGCCACCGGAGGUGCCGUUGGGUCCGGAGUCGGAGGGCCCAAAGUGGGCACCCUCGGAACCGGCAGCAUCCACCACCCUUACUCGGGAGUGCCCACUGGAGGGUUUUCCACACCAUUCCCCGUUCCCACUCCUCCACUUUCGACAGCCCUAAAUGGUCUCCCGACGCACAGCAGCGCCUCAGCGCUCCUUCAGAAUGGCAACUCUAACAACGGUGGGAAUGGUGGCAGCACUAGUAGCUGGCCACCAGAAGGCAGCCAGCUGAUCGCUCCUGUGACCACUAAUUCCCAAGAUGAUGAUCGUUUUGAGGCCAAGUGGGCGGCACUUGAGAGCACCAACACCAAAUCAGCAGCUCAGGCACCUGGAAGCAAAAGUCCAGCAGCAGCAGCAGCAGCCAACCCAUUUUCGAACAACCUGCAGAAGACCUUUGAGAUUGAGCUCUAAGGUGGGGAGAAAUCUGGGUGCUAAUUCAAGCAUCCUUGCUUUGAAUGGAAUGCAGGAUCUGAAAUGUUGUGGCAGCCUAGCAUACUACAAAAAGCUCUCUCAUGGACUAUCUACACCUAAUGUUGUUGCUUUCUUGAGGCUCCAAUUAGAGCUUUACAGAUUGCUGGGCUGCCGCUGGAAGCUUUUCACGUCUCAACGGAUCAUGUGAUGAUCUAAAUUCUGCCACAUCACCUCAUUUCCGCAUCUUUCCGGCCUUCAUGUCUGUACUCCGCCUUUUCUUUCUUUGUCGGCUGCAAGUCCCUUGGCACGCUGACUGUGUCACUCUGCGACACGCUCAGUGGUUGCUUUCCUUUAAAAGUGACGGCGAUGCAUUCCAAUCCUAUUGACUGAUUUUGGCAGUUUUUGUUGUGGUGAGGAAUCAUUGUGAAGAAACACAAGAAUUCCUCGUUUGACCGAUGACCAGACUGAUGCUGUUGUUCAUGGCAGAAUCGUGAAUUGAGACAGGGUUGUAUAUGCAGUGAAUAUACAGUAAAAUGUCUACACCCCCCUGUUCAAAUGCCAUGCUUUUGUGGUAUCCAAAAACGAGACCAAGAUAAAUCGUAUGAAAACUUUUUCCACCAUUAAUGUGGCCUAUAACCUGUACAAUUCAAUUGAUGAAAAAAAUAUUUUCGAGAGGGGAAGUUAAAAUAAGAUGUGGUUGGUUGCACACGUGCGUGGUGUGCAUUUUCUCUUGCGGAUGUGGCUGUUCAGAGUUAACCAAUCACAUUCAAAUUCAUGUUAAAUGGGAGUUAGCACACAACUACACCACAUUUUUUACUCUCUGACAGAAGCCUGAAGGUUUUGUGGUUGCCCUGACUGGUGUUUGGAACUGUUCAUAAUCCCCUCAACCUUGACUAAGGUGGAAAGAAUUAUGAAAGCAUAAUUAUCCAAAGCAUGAUGCUGCCGCCAUCAUGCUGUACUGUAGGUAUGCUUUUCUUUUCUGAUGAGCAGUGUUGUGUUUGCACCAAACAUACCUUGCAGAAUUACAAGUCAAACAUUUUAAGCUUGGUUUCAUUGGACCAUACCACAUUAUUUAUUUUUACUUCCCCUUUUGUACACGUAAUAUAGGUCUCAUCAAUAGUGGAAGUUUUGAAAUGAUUUAUCUUGGGCUCAUUUUUUUUUUUUAUAUAUAUAUCACAAGACCCUGGAAUUUGAACAGGGGUGUGUGGACUUUUUAUAGCCACUUUACCUAAAAGGUACCACUGACCUAUAGUAGUGAUUCAUUGCCAAAAUGAUUGUCUUCAUUGUACUUUUUUAUGUUAAAAAGUUAUAUUUACUUAAAUUCAAAACAUUUAAGUGUUUCCUUAAGAUAAUUGUAUCCCAUAUAUUUAUUUUUGUUGAACGCUUAGACUAGAGAAACAAACAGGAACACCCAGGUUGGGCUUCAAUAGAGUGUCUGGGCAUUGUGGGAAAUGUAGUCAUGUAACAGGAACCGAAUACCCAGGAAGGAAAUGUAUCAUGUUGUCUCCCAAGUGUAUAUAGUGGCAUGAUGCUCCUACCCGUACAGUGGGCACUUUGCUUUUUCCAGACAAAUCAAUAGAACUUCACUUUAACUCUGGAAGACAUUUCCAGGGCACUGCAAAAUAUCCAGACAGACACUUCAGAGUAGCCAUCCACCUUUUACCGAAAACUCAAAUGCGAUGCGCUACCUUCCAAUAUACAAUAAUGUGUUUAAAUACAGGGUAGAGUGUUCACUAUAACAGUCAGUCGUAAUGGUUCUUCACAAAAUGUGGAGCUGAUGAUGAAAGAGACAGAGGUAAAAGAAUAAUAAUGAGACCAGACGAAGGAUAAACUGCACUGUUAGGCAUUUCAUAGGGUUUUUACAGUAACUUACUGGCAACACUGUUGUAAUUCUAUUGCACGCAAUCCACAUUAAAUAACCGUAGAAUUUACAAGGUCAAACAGUGUGUAUGUGAAAGGCCGAAGGAGAGAACGUAGCAAUAUUAAGGCGAGAGGAUGGCGUACAAUAAAGGAAUGAAAUGGAGAUAACAGGAUAGAGACAAAAUAAGAGAGGGAACAAGAGUGCGUGAAAGAUAUUAGAGGACAAAGUCACUUUUGUCACCUUGCCCACAAAACAGACUGUCUGCCGCCUCCAUCUCGGAAUCAUCAGCAUUUACUUUUUACAAGUAAAGCCUAUUCCUUAUUUACAGUCUGAGAAGUACGAUUUAUCAAACAAGUGAGAACCUGAAACUCCAGUAAGGUCAUCAAUCCUUGGAAAAAGCUUGGCGCUUGGAGGAAGAAAUAUUUUUAAUGAGGGACUUUUUCAGGUGCUCCAAAUCAGUGGGAGUACAGUUAUACGAAGAGUAGCUGACAAUGUUCCGUGCUUGUUUAAGUAUGAUUAAUUUAUAAAGUAUCUUUCAGUGAGGCAGUGAUGCUUUUUGAUAGGCUGCCUUCUAAAAAUAGAUACAUGACGAGAAGUUCCCAAUAUCAGGUGCUUUGUUUUCUGACAUCUUAUUAGUUCUCACCGAACAAAUCCAAAUGUAUGGAACAAGAUCAAACAAAUCCGAAUAUAUGAAACAAGAUCCUAUUUUAUUGUUCACUGAAAAUAUAUUCUUUCACUGGAAUCUUGUUUACACACCCUCUAAAUUAUACUGUAUGUAGGUUAUUGCAACAAAGCAAACUAAAUAACCUCAUGAACUUGAUUGUAAAAUUAGUAUAGUGAUGGUAACAAAAAAGAAAACUGUGGAGUUUAUUUUUAAUCUUUAUUUACAGAGUUUUGUAUUUAAACCUACAUAUUUGUAUUGUAAUUACAUUGUACAA